AUCUUAAAACCAAAUCCCCCCUCAAGCUCUCUCUCUUAUCUCUAUCUCUCGAAAACAUCCGUCUACGAAGAAGAAAAGAAAAAACCCAUUUUUGCAUCUCUUCUUCUUAUACCCAUUUGCUCCUUUCUUUUUAAGUCUUUUGAUUUGGGUGCUUCAAAAUUUUCGCUUUUUAUUUUGUUUGCUGAUUUUUGUUGGUUUUUUUUUUCUUUUGGAUGAAUCAAUAAUAAGAAAAAGAAGGAAAUGGCAACCGUUAAUGGGUACCAAGGAAACACACCAGUGGCCACCAGCACUGGAACAAAACAGCCUGCCCCCACUGCUAAGACUGUUGAUUCUCAAUCAGUUCUUAAAAGGUUGCAAUCUGAAUUGAUGGCUUUGAUGAUGAGUGGAGAUUCUGGAGUAUCAGCAUUCCCUGAAGAGGACAACAUAUUUUGCUGGAAAGGAACAAUUACAGGAAGCAAAGACACUGUAUUUGAAGGAACGGAAUACAGGCUAUCUCUUGCAUUCCCCAAUGAUUACCCUUUUAAGCCUCCAAAGGUUAAGUUUGAGACUGCCUGCUUUCAUCCUAAUGUUGAUGUCUAUGGCAACAUUUGCUUGGACAUUCUUCAGGAUAAAUGGUCAUCUGCAUAUGAUGUAAGAACCAUUCUGCUAUCUAUCCAGAGUCUGCUUGGAGAACCAAACAUUAGCUCACCUUUGAACACCCAAGCAGCUCAACUUUGGAGCAAUCAACAAGAAUAUAGGAAGAUGGUUCAGAAAUUGUACAAACCUCCUAAUGCAUAAUUUGAGAAAUCAAAGGGCAACAACAUGAUUUUGGAAAAAAGUUAAUAGAACCCCUUUAAUGUUUUUUUCCUUUGGACAAAUGAAAAAAUGAAUAAAAUUUGUCCUUUUUUUGGUUCAUCGGAAGGCAAAGCUCUUAGAAAGGAAAAGAUGGAUGACGGGAUUAAAACCCCUAUUUCAUGCCUUACUCAAAACCUCUUAAUAACUAGAUUAAGAGGUGGAAAGCAUAAAUUGUCUUUCUAUGUAGUGUAUGCUUUUCAUAAUUAAUGAUAAAGCACU